GACUUUAAUCAGCCGAUUUUAUCCAAAGAUGGCAAUCAAAUGGAUAGAUUAAAUAUAGCCAGAAUGAUGAAAAUGUACUGUGCCAAAUUUGAAAAUCAAGACCUUAAAAUGGCCAUCAACUAUUACUAUUGUCUGAGACACACAGAAUUUGAAGGUACAACACUUUUUAUUUCCUACGUAGCUGACCUUGUAAUUGAAACGGAUGAAUAUGACAAAGUGUUUGGAUACUUGAAGCCAGACGGAAAAAAACUAAACGGUAUUUUGGACUCUUUAAUUGUGUCUGAAACACUGAAAAUGGAUAUUAUUARAAAAACAGCUACACUUGCAGAACAAAAGUGUGAUCUCGAGGUGUCGGCUAAAUUGUAUGAAUUGGURGGUCAGUACGAUAAGGUACUCGAACUUGCCAACAUUAUGUUGAGUCGAGUCAUUCAGCCAGAUAUCUUCACUUCGUUGGAUAAAACUCAUAACACGAAGAACAAAAUGUUUGAAUAUGCUCAAGURUUAAGUCAGCGACUGACAGGAGUCGAAGCUAAUGUAUCUGAAGAAGCCAUUUUCACAUUUAACAUGUUAAAGAGUGUCAUUGUAUUUUUCGAACAGUACAACAAUCACAAAUACACAUUAGCUUUUGACGUGCUCCAGACAAUUGGUUUGAUACCGUUGGCUUUAAAUCAAGUUGAAGAACGGCUUAGUUCAUUUAAAAAGUACAAUGAAUUAAUAUUGAGAAUUGUGCCUGGAGUGAUGACGGCCACAAUGAACAUGUUGUAUUCACAAUACAGUGACAUCAAAAAAGAAUCAAAUAAGUCGGCCAGGGAUCCAGAACAAAUGCAUGCUCAGUUGGAAUACAUCAGRGAAAAGGCGAAAGCAAUUACAUCGUUUACGGGCCGUGUACCAUUCCAAAUAAACUCUGAAGUUAUUAAUCACUUAGUACAAACCGAAAUUCUAUUAUAUUAAUUUAAAUAUUGUAUUCUAACAAUGUGCUAAUGGAUGGCACUAUUAUUCCUGAUUAUAUUGUUAAGUAAAUAAUUACAAAGAAUUUUGUAUUUAUGAUUUUUGGUUAAGUUUAAUAUACAGUCUACAUUAAUGACCUCA